UUGUGUCUGGAGUCUAUAGCUUCCCAGCUGAGGAGGAGGGAAUGAGGCAGGGUUGAGGACGGGACAUUACUGCAGCCUGCACGAUGAGGAGCCGCAGUAACUCUGGGGUGCGGCUGGACUACUACUACCGCAUUGUGCACCGGACCAUCCUACAGCACCAGCACCCAGUGACGGGACUCCUGCCGGCAAGCUCCAACAACGACCAUGCCUGGGUGCGUGACAACAUCUACUCCAUCCUGGCCGUGUGGGGUCUGGCCAUGGCCUACAAGAAGAAUGCUGACCUGGAUGAGGACCGGGCCAAGACUUACGAGCUGGAGCAGAGCUGCGUGAAGCUGAUGCGAGGGCUCCUGACAUGCAUGAUCCAGCAGAAGGAGAAGGUGGAGAUGUUCAAGCACACUCAGGCGCCCUUGGAUGCUCUCCACGCCAAGUACUCCUCCACCACCGGCCAGAUUGUGGUGCGGGACAAUGAGUGGGGACACCUGCAAAUUGAUGCCACCUCUCUCUUCCUGCUGGUUUUAGCCCAGAUGACAGCCUCAGGACUGCAGAUAAUUUUCAACCUGGAUGAGGUCUCCUUUAUUCAGAACCUGGUCUUCUACAUUGAGUCGGCAUACUGUGUGCCUGACUAUGGAAUCUGGGAGCGUGGAGACAAGACUAACCACGGCCUGCCAGAGCUGAAUGCCUCCAGCAUUGGCAUGGCCAAGGCUGCCCUGGAGGCCAUGAAUGAGCUGGACCUGUUUGGGGCGAGGGGCGGCCCCACCAGCGUGAUCCAUGUGCUGGCGGAUGAGGCACAGAAAUGCCAGGCUGUGCUGCAGUCCAUGCUGCCAAGAGAGAGUAACAGCAAGGAGGUGGACAGCAGCUUGAUGGCGGUGAUCAGUUUCCCCGCCUUUGCCGUGGACGACCCACUGCUCAUCAAGACCACACGUCACACCAUCCAGAGCAAAUUGGAGGGACCCUACGGCUGCAAGAGGUUCCUUCGUGAUGGGUACAAGACUGCCAAGGAGGCACUCUCUCUGUGGGAUGGGUUCAAGACUACCAACGAGGACCCAACACGACUGUACUACGAGCCUUGGGAGCUGAAGGUGUUUGAGAAAAUUGAGUGUGAGUGGCCGCUCUUCUUCUGCUACUUCAUCCUGGACCACUGCUUCCAGGGCAAUGAGAAUGCCAUCAAGGAGUAUUCAGACAGGCUGGAAAAGCUGCUGGUCACCACAGAGGAUGGGCUGAGGCUGGUGCCAGAGAUCUACUCAGUGCCAGGAGACAAGGUGGAGGAGGAGUACAAGAAACCCGGAUCACAGCAGCGGGAGGUGGUGGGCAAACUUCCCUUCAAGUGGGCACAGAGCCUCUACAUUGUGGGGCGCCUCCUGCAGGAUAACUUCCUGGCCUGUGGUGAGCUGGACCCUCUCAACCGACGCUUGGGCUCAGAGAAGAAGCCAGACGUGGUGGUGCAGGUGGUGGUGCUGGCUGAGGACUCCUCCAUCCAAGCCAAGCUGAGUGCACUGGACAUCCACGUGCAGACCAUUGGUGAGGUGGCCCCCAUCGAGGUGCAGCCAGCCAGGGUGCUCUCCAAGCUGUACGCACACCUGGGACGCAACCAGAAGCUGGGAUUGUCUGGUCGUCAGAGUCGUGAUGUCGGCAUUCUGUCCACCAGCAAGCUGUACUCCCUCCAGGACAGGAUCUUUGCCUUCACUCCACAGUUUGCUGACCGGGAGCGCUUCUUCAUCGCCUCAGACUUGGACCUGCUGCUAGAUAUUUUCAAAUCAGAGCUCAACUUCUUGCAGUGCACUUGGAAAAAUAUGUUGGGAAGGCCCAUUGUUACCCUGGAGGUUAAUAAGGGUUUCCUAGAAGACGGCAAGAUCCCUCCAGCCAUGAUCUCCACCCUCAAGAAGCUGAACAGUGGCUACAUCAAUGGCACACGAGUGUCCUUGGGGAAGAUGCAGGAGUUCCUCAACACGUCCUGCAUCACCAGCCUCAACUUCCUUAAUGACACCGAGGCAGGAUUCCCAGACAGCCUGAAGGGUGACGUGAAAGAGUACCUGGAGAAGCAGAUGCGAGGCACACUGAGCUGGCGGAGAUCGGAUUUGGUGCGCAUGUCCAACAGAUUCCCAUUCUGCCUAGGAGACCAGAAUUACCCCCAGUUCAGGUUCAGCCAGAGGACAUCCCGUGACAGGGAUGACCCAGUGAGGCGCAAGAUUUCUGGCAUGCUGAGGGGAACCAUCCGCAAGUCCCGCUCUCUCUUCGUGGACGAUGACAGAGCAGAUGGACUCUUCACUUACCGGAAGGAGCCUCUAAUAAGAGUGGCAGUGCGGCAGCUCCUCAGGUUCCACUCGGAAGAGGCGCCGCCCAUCGUGUCACGCCGGAGCUCCGUGGUCACCUCCCCCACCUCGGACAUCGGCAUGCCCAUCCUGGAGGUGUCCGUGCCGCCUACCCCCACCCGCGUCACCCCGCCCCUCUCCUCUCACUCCCGGUCCCGCUCCCGCUCCCCCAUCCCCUGAGAAGGAUGCCGAGCUGUGGGAGUCCAUGGUGCGGCACAGGGUGGCAUCUGAUGCAGUGUAUGAGAACGUGGACUUGGAGGAGCUCAUGAUGCAGCUACGAGAGGCAGAGAACCUGGAGGAGCAGGGUGACAUCCUCCACUAUCUG